AGGCCCCGCGCGGCGGCUUCACCAACGCAUCGCUGGCGGAGCUCUCGGAGGCGGCCGCUGGACCUCGCCUUGGAGGCGCCUCGCGCGCCGCUGGCGUCCAGGAGCUGGAUCUGGCCAAGGUCGUCCCGGCAGGAAGCCUGGCUCCGGGCUGCUGGAGCCUCCCGCCCAGGAACACCCUGAGGCGUGACGCUCCCGAGUUCGUGCCGCUGUUCUUCAACAGUGCUGUCGGCCCACCCGCCGAUGGUGUCCAGCACUCGACGUCUGAGGAGAGCAUCGUGCAGCAGCGGCACGAGUCUUCCGACCAGUCUGCCGCGAACGUGGCCGACGCCAAGCCCGAGAUUAAGACCGCUGUUCAGUUCAGGGCGGCGGCGCUGGAGACGUUCGACACGAAGCCUUUCAACGACGGCGACCACGUGGAUUUGCAGUCCGACUUCGUCGUCGCCUUUCGCUCCCUCGCCACGAGUGCCGAUCCUCGUCCUGGAGGCCGUGCGCGUGGUAAAGGAUACUGCUGAACCUGACCUGGGCGUUGCGCUUAGGCUCACUGUUUUUAUUAAUCGUCGCCUCUUUUUCUUUGAUUGCAGUCCUUUGGUGCCUUAUCCGUGAAUAUAUCAGAAUAAUAUUGCAGAUUGCGCCGCCUAGCGACUCUCUGCCUGGGGUCGGUGAGGGACAG